CCAGCAAAAACAAAUCUGUCUGCUUGUGGCAUUGAAAUAAAUCCACAACACGAAACUUUUAUGUCAGCGUAAAAUUUUUACCCAAAACAAACUGCCCAUCUGUGACAAAGAAUCAACAUUUUGUUAAGUUAACAACCAAGUUACAUCGCAGCUUGCAGUACGGAUUCUCGUUACAUUACCAGUUCAGUCACACAUAGUGAAAGAUGGGUUUCAAAAUUCGUGCCGUUGUAAUAAUCAUUAAAGUGAUUGUGGUGUUAAUGUUAAUAGAAUCGAUCAUCGUUACCUCAAGUGCCCAAAAGAGAAUGAGGUCUCGUAAAACCAAACAGGUCCCGACAGAUGUAAAUGAAAGCCAAAUGGGUCAGAGUACUUCAUCACCGAUAAAGAACGAGGAACAUCUACCUUGCAGUUGUGCAAUCUUCCUGACCGGUCAAUUCAAUCGCCAUAAUCGUACCGAGCCACCUCGUGGGAAUCCUGCCAUCCAGGUUGAGCUGAUGCAAAACUACUCAUGCACGUCUACAGGAAAAAAACAGUGCUCGAGCCGAUGUUUGGACACCAUCAUGAAGCAUCUGCCGAACUCGCCAGCCCUGAUUUGCGGCACCAUCGGUAGGGAUUGCUUCCGGGAACGAGCUUACCUGUUCUACCAAAAUUGUUCGCCCCGCUGGAUCAACAGCAACCUAUCGGCGGGCCGGGAAUUCUGCUGCCAGAACGACCGUCCGGUUCGGUGUAGCAAAAUGGCAACGCUUCUCAGACAAUCGCUGCUAACCCGAAACGGAACACUCGAAUCCAACGAAGAAUAUUAA